GAUCCCGGGAUUCAGCCCGGGCAGCUCAAGCUGGGCCUGUUCUCCUUGCAGAGUUCCUCCAGCUGGCCAAGAACUUCGAGGAGCACCGGAGGAAAUGGCAGAAGACGGAGCAGGAGCUGGGCAGGUACAAGGAGCUGCUGAUGAAAACCGAGGCCGAGCGAAGCGCCCUGGAUGUGAAGCUCAAACACGCCCGAAAUCAAGUGGAUGUGGAGAUCAAACGCAGGCAAAGGGCUGAGCUGGACUGUGAGAAGUUGGAGCGGCAGAUCCAGCUGAUCCGGGAGCUGCUCAUGUGUGAUUCCUCGGGCAGCAUCCAGCUCAGCGAGGAGCAGAAAUCUGUCCUGGCCUUCCUCAACAGGCCCAAGGUCUCUGUGGGGGGCUCAGGCAGCAAAAG